AAUUUCAACCACAAACACCAAAUGGAGAUCAUGAAAAUGUCCAUCAACAAACUGCUGCUGCUUGUAGCGCUCUCAACCGUGAUGCUGUGCUGUCAAACGUCCGAGGCAGGCCCUGCCCGGCAGCUUGCCAGCCUGGCCGCUAGAGCCUCCAAGAUACCCCGCUCGAUACGGGCCCCGUUCCGAAACUCCGAGAUGAUGACGGCACGAGGCUUCGGCAAGCGUAGGGCACCGAUCGGUGUAAGCUUCGGUAGCGGUCGCCCAUCACACCACACCCUGUCAACUGGGGACGGUGAGAGCGUUACCUGGACCGAAGAAAAGCAGGACAUUGGCAAGCUGAUGGAGGAUUUGGCGAGCCUCGAUCAGAACGAUCCACAGCAGCAGCAGCAGCAGCAAUCACAGGCCCAACAAUUGAUUAUGGGUGAUCAGGAAAACAGCUUCCCGUUGGAGUGGUUCGCGAACGAGAUGUCUACCAAUCCAACACUGGCCAAAUCGAUACUACAACGCUUCGUCGACACUAACCGCGAUGGAUUGCUCGAAACGAACGAGCUAAUGCCGGGCGCCGGAGCGAACCCUAACGAGAUUGCCGAGCUGUUCUAA